AUGUCCGGUGGCGGGCUUCCGGUGGCGGGCGUCCGGUGUCGGAUGUCCGGUGUUGGAUGUCCGGGCUCGGAAGCCCAGUCUGGGAAGCCCGACCUCGGAAACCUGUCCUCGGAAGCCAAAAUCCUGUGGCCGGCCGACCUGCUAUGGAUGCAAUUCCUGAGUGAACACAGCCUGUCGGCCAACCCGCUGUGUAUGCAGAUUCCUGAUGUCGUCCUUGUUGGUGGCUCGACUCGUAUCCCCAAGGUCCAGCAGCUCCUCAAGGAGUACUUUGGCAAGGAGCCGUCGAAGGGCAUCAACCCCGAUGAGGCCGUCGCGUACGGUGCCGCCGUCCAGGGUGGAAUUCUAUCGGGUGACGAGGAUUUCGGUGACAUUGUCCUUGUCGAUGUCUGCCCGCUUACGCUCGGUAUUGAGACCACUGGCGGCGUGAUGACCAAGCUCAUCGCCCGCAACACCGUCAUUCCCACGCGCAAGAGCCAAAUCUUCUCGACGGCCACAGACAACCAGCCUACAGUUUUGAUCCAGGUCUUUGAGGGAGAGCGGUCGUUGACGAAGGACAACAACUUGCUCGGCAAGUUCGAGCUUUCUGGCAUCCCACCCGCGCCCCGCGGUGUCCCGCAGAUCGAGGUGACGUUCGAAAUUGACGCGAACGGUAUCAUGAAGAUCUUCGCGAAGGACAUGGGAACCGGGAAGUCGAACUCUGUUACCAUCACGUCCGAAAAGGGCCGCCUGUCGCCCGACGACAUCGAGCGGAUGGUCAAUGAGGGGGAGGAGUUCACGGCGGAGGAUGAGGCACAGCGGAAGCGCAAGCGCAUCGAGGCGCUCAACGGGCUCGGUCGGCGAACGACGGACGGAUGA